CAACAAGACACAGCUAUGGCAGAAGGAAAGACUGGUAGCGCCGGGCUGUUUGCUAAACGGGUCCAGAAGCAAUUCAGCCGAGCCCAAGAGAAGGUUUUGCAGAAGCUAGGAAAAACCGUUGAAACGAAAGAUGAACAGUUCGAGCAAAGCGCAUACAAUUUCCAACAGCAACAGGCAGAAGGCCAGAAACUCUACAAAGACCUCAAGGUUUUCCUCAGUGCUGUGAAAGUGAUGCAUGAAAGUUCCAAGAAAGUGGCUGAGACCUUGCAAGAACUUUACAACGUGGAGUGGGAUGGGUUCACAGACUUGAAAUCCAUAGCACAGAGCAAUGACCUUCUGUGGGAAGAUUAUGAGGAGAAACUGACAGAUCAAGCGGUCAGAACCAUGGAGAUCUACUUGACUCAGUUUAAUGAAAUAAAGGAGCGAAUUGCUAAGAGAGGACGGAAACUGGUGGAUUAUGAUAGCUGCAGACAUCACUUGGAAGCCCUGCAGAAUGCUAAAAAGAAAGAUGAAGCUAAGAUUGCAAAGGCUGAAGAAGAGUUCUACAAAGCCCAAGCUGUAUUUGAGGAACUCAACAAAGAACUAAGAGAAGACUUGCCUGUUCUUUACAACAGUCGAAUUGCAUGCUAUGUGACCAUAUUCCAGAAUAUUUCCAAUUUACGAGAUAUCUUCUACAAAGAAAUGAGUAAGCUGAACCACGACCUGUAUGACGUGAUGAGUAAACUGGAAAAACAACACUCCAAUAAAGUCUUCAUAAUUAAAGGAGUAUCGAGUAACAGAAGCUCGCUGGUGAUCUCCUCUCCAGUAAGUCCAACCAGCCCCUCAUUCCUGCCUCCGGGGAGUAGCAUAAGCGAGGCUCCGACAUCUCCUCCUGCGGAUUCCUCAAUACAUGCGAGAGAAUCUCUUUCCGCAUCUAUAUCCAGUGGGGCCAGCGAAACAGAGGAAGAGGCCUCUGUGUCUUCGGCCACAGCAUCGCCGAAUGAGGCACCAGAUACAACUGAGCCAGAUGCUCCGAAAGACAGCAACCAAGCUGCAAUACUGGAGAAGCCCGUAAGCAUUCCCGAAGACAGCCACCAGAAAGUUGAGGCGUUUGCCAAGAAUAUAGCAGCAGAGAUUUUAUCAGAGGCGCUGCUCGAGGCGGAUGGCAAAGGCCGAAUAGUUCACAAGGACUCGGAAGACAGGACGCAGCUCCUUUCAGUCGAUAAAUCCCAAACAAGAGACAUUUGUGAGAAAGAAGGAAGUUCUCUCCCCUGCCCAAGGAGUGAUAUUCCAGUUCUACCAAAACAGGAAGCAAAACGCUCGGAAGACUCUCAGAAUAAUGCUCAGAUUGAGGAAUCAAGUCAUCGGGAGAGCGAGUUACCACCUAGCGACAUUUCAGAGAAUCCUGAAAAAAAUCUUCCAGAUUCUGCAUCUGCCACCCAAGCUGAAGCCGCCCAGGAAGACAUACGCAGUAGCUCCAAUGGUGGGCUCACCCCCAGUGAACCAGAAACAGGGGCGGUCCAUGAGAUGCCACCUCGUCCAACAGAGACUGGGGAAGGAAGCUGUCAACAGGGCGGGAAUACCGAAGAUGAUGUCAGCAGUGACGGAAGCAUUGAAGAAAUCGAAGUUUCGCCAAAAGUAAUCAAAACUGAGAUAGUCUCGACUUUCUUCUCAGAAGAUGAGAAACAGAACGAUAGCAAAAUGCCCCUGGACUUCCUGUUCAAGGCUCAAGCCAUCCAACCUCAUGCGUCCGAUGAUGAGAAUCACCUUCAGUUUGGAAAAGGGGAAAUCAUCCUGGUGCUGUUGGAUACACAGGUGCAGGAAAAAGGAUUCCUGAUGGGUGUAAAAGAGAAUGAUUGGAAGGAAAACCAGAACGUAUCGCAGAAGGGCAUUUUUCCUCCGGACCUUAUCACAUCCAUCUCCGUGGAAUAAGCUCUGAAGCUUGGGCAGAACUGGGAUGAAUUGAGAACUUUGUAAAGGAGAAGCCCUGCUGUUGACCGAAUUUACCCAAAGCUGUUUAUUGUUGUAUUAACCAAGGGUAGAAUGGAAAGGGGAAAUGGCGCAAGAGCAAGCCAAGCUGAGUAGUUCCUACAAGUCAGACCACCAUAGAGCUAAGACUCUAGCAGCAGCACCAGCUAUGGAUGCUGACACCGCGAUUACCUCCUCCUGCAAAUUGGCAGCAGUGUGGGAGGAGGGAAUUGGCGAGCGGACACUGAUCUCCCUUGCCAUUGAAGGAUUUGACGUACGAAGGAGGGGCUUGCCCAGGACACAGAAGCUACAAGGAACAGGAAAACCUCCCAGGAACCAAACCGAUCACUCUCCAUGUCUCAAUUCAUCCAUAUAAUUAAAGUGCUAAAGUGCUCCAAGAGAACAAUGGUGGGAACGGCACAAAUAUCAUACAUACAAUCUAUAAAUAUCAUAAAUACGUCAGUAAAUAUGUCAAUAAAUAAUGCAACAAUAUAGAUACUUGCAGGGCUCAUUUCGAGGGGGAACACGCAGGAACGCAGUUCCGGCAGUUCCCCAAAGAGGUCACAUGACAGGUGGCCCCGCCCACCUGACUCUCAGCCAUUUUGGGCCCGUUUUGGCCUGGAUUGGGGCUGAAAUGGACUGGAUCAGGCCUCUGACGUGUAGUGGAUCAUUCUCCCACUCAGCAGCAGCCCGAUCCUGACCAUUUUGGGCCCCUUUUCGGCCAUUUUCAGCCCCUUUUUUUCCAUUUUGGGCCCAAUUUCAGCCCUGAAUGUCCAGAAUUGGGUCCAAAACAACCAGGAUAGGUGAUGUCAGGGGGUGUGGCAUACGCAAAUCAGGGCCAAGCUACAAGUGACGAAUGACACUUGAACAGCAAGUGGAUUGAGUGGAGCGCAAGUGAACAGGGAGAAAUACACUUGCCGUUCAAGUGUCAUUCGUCACUUGUAGCUUCACCCUCAGUUAUGCUAAUGACACACUUCCGGUGAUGGCAAGGGGUGUGGCAUAUGCUAAUGAGCUAUGCUAAUGAGUUCCUCCAGCUCUUUUUCUAUGAAAUGACCCCUGGAUACAUGCAGCAAGAAGGAAUACAAUAUUUCUCCAUCAAGAUACAAUACAGAAAUCUUCCAGAUCAACUGGUAAGUAUGAAGCAAUAUGAUAAUUAAACUACUGCUUGGAACCUCAAUAAAUAUAGAGUCCAGAGACUGUAGGUAAGUAAGCAUUCAAUAUGCUUUAAGUGUAAAACGUGCAAUUUAUAUGGAUGAAUUGAGAAAUAUGUGUUGAUAGUGAUUGGUUUGGUUCCUAGGAGGUUUUCCAUGGAAGUAUUUGAGGCACUUGUAGAACUGUUGGGGCCAUGGCUCUGCUUUCUCCGGACCACUAGCAGCCCACCAGUGACCCACCAGGAGCAGUGGGUCCCAGGAAAUUUCCCUGUAAGUUAAACAGCCAAUCCGCCCCUGCCCUUAAGUCCUGUUUUCCCUUUCCCUUCUCUCCUAGAGCCUCAUAUCAAUGUAAAUUGCAUUCCUUGUAUAUGAACUUCUGAAUAGUCUGGAUGCUGUCUACUAGAAAUUAGUCUAUUCGCCAGAUCUAGUCUUCUGAGAGAUACUGCUUGGCCUUUCGGUUACCUUUCAGAGGAAGAAGAACGAUAUGGAAGGAAAUGUGGCCUUGAACAGGGAUAUGAAGCUGCCUAACAUUGCAUCAGACCGUUAGUCCAUGAAGGACAGUCGCUGGCAGUGCUACUCAAGACUGGCAGUGUCUCUCCAGGGUCUUAGAACCAGAGGAGUUAGCCGUGUUAUUCUGUAGUUGCAAAAUAGUAAAGAGUUCAGUAGCACCUUUAAAA